AUGGCAGAAUUCGGAAUGAAACAGGUAGAGGCCGCUCUAUCGAACCAAGCCAAACAAGAGGCAAGUGAAACAAAUGACUCGCCCACCACACAUCUUAGUCGUCUUGUGGGACUUUUCCAUAGCGAAGGACCUAGUCCUGAAAUACCGGACAAAAGAUAUAUUGCUAGCGAUUGUUUGGAUCAUUUCAUGGCUGGUAAGGCCCCGAGGAAAUACUCAUACAAGUUUCUUGAUAGGCCAUUUAAACAAUACUUAAACGUGGCAUCAUACAUAGGUACUCGGACGACGAACGAUCUUCUUGGUGCUGUGCUUUGGCGGCUCUCCCUCCCUGAAAAUGAAGCUAGUCAAGAAAAACUCCGUCAGGAGCUUCAUGAGGCGGGUAUCAAGCCCGGGGAACAUCCAGACCUCUCGACCCUGCAAAAGCUUCCGUACUUGAACUGUAUCCUUAAAGAGACACUACGCACAGAUCCACCAAUUCCGAUACAGCUGCCAAGAGUAGUGAAAGACAAUGAAGCCCUAACUGUGAUGGGCUUCAAGAUAGAACCGGGAGUAUGCCAUUAUAAUUCCAUUAAUACUCACGGUCUCUCAAACACAGCUAACAUGGACGCUCUACAGACCAACAUCGCAUCUCAAUCGUACACUCUUCACCAAGACCCUAACCCGUACCCAGACCCCGAGAAGUGGAAGCCAGAGAGAUGGGAAAUCUCCCCAAAAUCCGACGAAUACCGUCAGAUGCAGCGUUCAUUUUGGCCUUUCGGCUCUGGAGCGAGGAUGUGUACUGGAAUGAACACAUACAGUGUAUCAUUGGAUGAUGUAUGGCUAGAUGAGGAUGGUAUCCUGCUUCCACCCGGGAAAAGGAAGGACCUGUACCCUUCACUACCUAACCAACCGCUCAGGUUUAAGAAGAUCUGA